CAUUUUGGUUCAUUGGAAUGUUGCAGACCAGUAGAAAGCUAUGAAUAACAUUUUUAUCAUGUGAUUGGUAAUUGAGAGAGAAGAGAUGAAGAACUUCACUUGUUUAGUACUAUGUUGCUUCUUGCUGCAUGUGUCAGGUAACCCCAUGAAGGGGAGGGUAAAUAAUUUGUCCCCUUUCUGUCAGAGCCACCCAAGACCCAUUGUCAAAACAGAGGAUAUCUUGCAUGCCAUGACAAUGCAGAGCUCAUUCAAAGAAGCAGAGAAUAAAAUACAAGCUGCUCUGAGUGGGGACAAGUCUCCUGGAGGUGUUGUUGUCGGCCUUGUGUACAGGGAUGCAAUGAUUUGGAGUCAGGGGUUUGGACUCAUAGACAUGAAAAACCCUAACAGAGGUGCUCCAAGUCAAGACACUGGUUUUAGGAUUGGCUCCAUCACUAAAGUACUCACAUCUCUACUCACACUGAUCCUGAGGGAUGAAGGAUUACUGUCUUCACUCAAUGCAGAUGUUACUGAUUACCUCACAGAAUUCACCAUAAAGAAUCCGUUUAAGACCAAUCGAGGGGUCACUUUUCGCCAGCUUAUGAGUCACAUGUCUGGGCUGCCAAGGGCAACACCGUGUGAAGACCUGUUUGAAACAGGGUGCACUCUAUCGGAUGAGGAGAUCUAUAAGAAUUUAGCAGACAUUGAGUUGUUGUACCCACCUGGGAGCCAACCACUUUAUUCCAACCUGGGAUUUGGACUGCUGGGCAGAGCACUCGAGAAGGUACAUGGAACUGGCAAAUGGGAAGAUGCUGUGCAGAACUUGGUAUUUGACCCUCUGGGGAUUGUCAACUCUGGAAAUGAAUACACUGACAAGGAUAUUGCAAAGCUUGCUCUUGGUUAUUACAAAGACGGUUCACAGGCUAAUUUUGUAUCUAUGGGCUGGGAUGCACCAGCUGGUCAAACCUACUCAACUGUCUCAGACUUAGCGAAAAUAAUGAUGCUAGUAUUCAAAGAUGACAAGCCGGUCGACAAAAGUACAGGACAAAUUCUGGAUGGUGAGACUGUCAGAGAAUGGGUGGAGCCAGCCUACUUAUACCCAGAUACUACAGGCUUUAGCUACCCGUGGGAGCUGCUCACAUUGGGCAACUACACAGCACACACAAAAGAUGGGAGAAUCAAUGGCUACAUGUCUGAAAUCCAGAUGGUGAAUGAGCUCAAGACGGGGUUCGUGCUCCUUCAGAGUUGCGACAAUUGCUUAUCCCACUAUGACAUCAUCGGGAUCAUGGAAAGCCUCGUCCUGGAAACAGAGAAACAGUUGUUAAGGUUACAACCACCGCCACAGGCGCCUAACAAUAUAGCAGAAUACACAGGGGCAUACUCAACUAUUGUGGAUGGAGCAAAGGACACAUUGAAUGUCACUCUAACAACAUUAUACGGAGGUCCAAUCCUCUCCAUGCAACAAGGUGGCUAUCCGGCUUACUUAGAAUGGACAGGGGAUGACUCCUUCCAAAUCAGUCUUCAGGGAUUUUCAAGAACCUUCUCCUGUUACAUACUACACGGAGGACACAUCGGACAGAGGGUAUACUUCCAAAGGGGGGAGGGAGCCAUCGCUAGUCUCACUCUGCCAGGAACUGUCUAUGGCAAGGUCUACAAGAAAGACUCGUAAUUUGGACCUGUGUGUGUGCACUGUUGGACAAAUAAUUUUAACAGUAUAAAAUGACAUUGUAUAUCAGAAAAGUGUAUGUUACAACAUUACACGAACAUAAAUUGUCACUAAAUUGGA